AUCUACUUUGACAGGAGAUGUGUGACACGCGGUAUUAUUUAUAACCUUGUUUUUGUAAAACUUAAUAUUGUUUGAUUAUUUUUAAACUUACGGGAAGCUAGAAGUAGAAGAAAUAUGCCACCAAAACCAAGAUUGCAUCAAGAUAAAGGAAAAUUAAAAAAUAUACCUAAACCUGUAGCAGGAACCGCAUCAACAUCAACACCAGCAGCUUUAGAUGAAGAAUCUCAACGGCAAUUUGAAGUUGAGCUAUAUUGGUGUAUACAACAAUUACAAAAUGCCAUAGCCUCAAAUAAAUUAAAUCAAAAACAAUUGGAAGAUGCAACAAAAAAUUUAAAAAUUCUUACCAGUAAAAAUUCAUCAAUUGUUCAAAAAAGGCAAUUAAUGCGUACAACAUUUGGCGAUUACAGAAAAAAGAUGAGUGACGAAGAGAAAAAAUACAAUAAAGUUAACCAACAAAAUUCACUUAAAACUAUGCCACCGAAUAAAAAUUCAAUGUUUGUUAAAAAAUCAGUGUUUCUUACAAAUCAAUCGGGCAACCAAUUCAAGUUUAAUUUUGAAAAGACAUUAGAUACAGAUACAGCUACAAAUGCAGAUGAACAAACUCUAAAUACUAAUAUGAAUAAUUUGAAUAUAAAAAAGAAUAAUACAAUAACAUUUCAUUCUGAUAAUAGUUUUAGAUUUAAUUUUGGUGAGGAUUAA